AUGUCGAGCAGGUGGCUGCUUCGGAAGCAUGUUUCUUGCCUUCCAAAGCUGCUGGCCCCGGAGGGGGAAGGGGAAGCCAAGUGCAUGGAAGCAGAGUGGGAAAACGAGGCAUGGGUACUUGACUCAGAGCAGUCCUCUGCCUCGUUACUGCCCCACCCGUGCAUCUCCUUCUGCACCGUGGAAAAAACCAAAGUGGUGGAGCCCCUGGACUACGAGAAUGAGGUUCUGCAACGGAGAGCCCAGAUCUACAGCGACCCGCUCCGCGACCUGCUCAUGUUUCCCAUGGAGGACGUGUCUAUCUCGGUCAUCAGGCGCCAGCAGAGGACGGUCCAGUCGACGGUGCCCGAAGAUGCCCAGAGAAAGGCUCAGAGUCUCUUCGUCAGAGAGUGCAUUAAAACCUACCACUCAGACUGGCAUGUGGUGAACUAUAAAUACGAAGACUACUCGGGUGACUUCCGAUCGUUGCCGUGCAAAUCCUUUCGGCCGGAGAAGAUUCCAAGCCAUGUAUUUGAGAUAGAUGAAGACUUUGAGAAGGACGAGGACUCCUCCUCGCUGUGCUCUCAGAAGGGUGGUAUCAUCAGACAGGGCUGGCUGCACAAAGCCAACGUCAACAGCACCAUCACGGUUACCAUGAAGGUCUUCAAGCGACGGUAUUUUUACCUCACGCAACUCCCGGACGGUUCCUACAUUCUGAAUUCCUACAAAGACGAGAAAAUUUCAAAAGAAUCCAAAGGCUGCAUCUUCUUGGAUGCUUGCAUUGACGUUGUUCAGUGCCCCAAGAUGCGGCGCUACGCAUUUGAACUCAAGAUGCUGGAUAAGUACAGCCACUACCUGGCAGCCGAAAGCGAACCGGAAAUGGAAGAGUGGCUGGUCACGCUGAAAAAAAUUAUUCAGGUCAAUACGGAGAGUUUGGUGCAGGAGAAGAAAGAGGCGGUGGAAUCGGGACAAGAGGAUGACGCGAGCAGCCAAGGGAAGCCGGAAAACAUGCUGGAGAGCUUGGAGCGCAGCAUGCAUCCCGAGCUGAUGAAGUAUGGGAGAGAAACCGAGCAGCUGAAUAAGCUAAGCAGAAACGACGGCCGACAGAACCUCUUCUCCUUUGACUCGGAAGUCCAGAGGCUGGAUUUCUCUGGAAUUGAGCCAGACGUGAAGCCCUUCGAGGAGAAAUGCAGCAGGCGCUUUUUGGUGAAUUGUCACGAUUUAACCUUCAACCUCCUGGCUCAUACCUGUGACCGAUCCGAGGGCUCCCCCACAAACGUUGAGCCGUUUUUCGUCAGCCUGGCAUUGUUUGACCUAAAAAACAACUGCAAGAUUUCAGCUGAUUUCCACGUGGACUUGAAUCCUCCCGGCAGCCCCAGCCAAGCCGCCGGGGACAGUCAGACCAAGGGGGCGUCGCCCAGCGAGCACCUGGUUCCCAGGGUUGCUGAAUCUCGCCUGCGCUACGUAAAGCAGGGAGUUUUCUCCGUGGCGAACCCCCACGUGGAGAUCUUUCUUGUGGCCCGUGUGGAGAAGGUGCUGCAGGGCAGCAUCACGCACUGCGCGGACCCGUACAUCAAGAACUCAGACCCGGGGAAGACUGCCCAGAAGGUUCAUAAGUUGGCUAAGCAGGUGUGUGGUCGGCUUGGGCGGUACAGGAUGCCCUUUGCUUGGGCUGCCAGGCCGGUUUUCAAAGACUCUCAGGGCGCGCUGGAUCACAACGGGAAAUUCUCUCCUCUCUACAAACAAGACAGCGGCAAACUCUCCAGCGAGGACCUUCUGAAGCUGCUGGCCGAGUAUAAAAAGCCAGAGAAGACAAAACUCCAGGUUAUCCCGGGCCACUUAAAUGUCACCAUCGAGGGCAUCCCUCUGGAAUUCUCAAACUGUGUUACUGCGUCUUACAUCCCUAUAAAGCCUUUUGAGCGGGACCAGGAGACAGUUGCCGUUGAGGUGGAAGAGUUUGUCCCUGAAGUGGCGAAAUACUGUUAUCCUUUCACUAUUUACAAUAACCAUCUCUACGUCUACCCCUUGCACUUGAAGUAUGACAGCCAGAAAACAUUUGCAAAGGCAAGGAAUAUUGCCGUCUGCAUGGAGUUCAAGGACUCGGAUGAAGCUGAUGCCCAAGCCUUGAAGUGUAUCUAUGGCAAACCCGGUGGUCCCAUCCUGACAGCAAAUGCCUAUGCAGUGGUGUUGCAUCAUAACCAAAGUCCCGAAUUCUACGAUGAGAUUAAAAUUGAGCUGCCGAUUCACCUCCACCAAAAGCAUCAUUUGCUUUUCACCUUCUGUCACGUCAGCUGUGAAAUCAACACCAAGGCAUCGAUGAAAAAGCAGGAUGCCGUUGAAACUCCAGUGGGCUUUGCCUGGCUGCCUUUGCUGAGGGAUGGCCGAAUUAUCACCUUGGAGCAGCAUUUGCCCGUUUCGGCCAAUCUUCCAGCCGGCUACCUGGGCCUUGGGGACAUGGAGUCGCGCAAGCAGCCAAGCGUUGAUGCGAAAUGGGUGGACGGAGCAAAGCCGCUGUUUAAGAUCAAAAUCCACUUGGAGUCAACCAUUUACACUCAGGACUUGCACCUGCACAAAUUCUUCCAGCACUGCCAGCUGGUCCAGGCGGGAGCUAAAGAGGUGCCAGGCGAGCUUGUGAAAUACCUAAAGUGUUUGCAUGCCAUGGAGAUCCAAGGGAUGAUACAGUUUCUGCCAAUAAUUCUUAUGCAGCUGUUCAGAGUCCUCACCAACGUGACCCAGGAGGAUGAAGUAGCUGUCAACUGCACCAUGGUUCUUCUCCACAUUGUGUCCAAGUGCCAUGAAGAAGGCCUAGAUCAUUACUUACGGUCCUUCGUAAAGUUUGGCUUCCGAGCAGAGAAGCCCAGUGCCCCACAGGCGAAGGCCACUCACGAAAUCCUGGCCAUCACAAUGGCCACCGUGCUGAAGCAGUCGGCAGAUUUCCUAGCCAUCAAUAAGCUGCUCAAGUACUCCUGGUUUUUCUUCGAAGCACUGGCAAAGUCCAUGGCAAUGUACCUGAUAGAAGAGAACAAAAUCAAGCUGCCCCGAGCCCAGCGGUUUCCUGACUCUUACCAUCACGUUUUGCAUUCGCUGCUUCUCGCCAUAAUUCCCCAUGUGACCAUCCGCUACAGCGAAAUCCCCGAGGAGUCCAGGAAUGUCAACUUCAGCUUGGCCAACUUCCUGAAGCGCUGCCUGACGCUUAUGGACAGAGGGUUCAUUUUUAACCUGAUCAAUGACUACAUGUCUGGAUUCGGUCGCAAAGACCCGAAGAUCCUGCUUGAAUUAAAGUUUGAAUUCCUGCAAACAAUUUGCAACCAUGAGCAUUACAUCCCUUUAAAUUUACCGAUGCCCUUUGCCAAACCAAAACUUCAGAGGGUUCAAGAUGUAAACCUGGAGUACAGUUUAACCGAUGACUAUUGCAAGCAUCACUUCCUGGUGGGACUGCUGCUGCGGGAAACCGCCGUGGCUCUGCAGGACAAUUACGAUAUCAGAUUCACAGCCAUUGCUAGCUUGAAGAAUCUCUUCAUAAAGCAUGCGUUCGACAACCGAUACCAGCACAAGAACAUGCAGGCAAAAAUAGCCCAGCUGUAUCUGCCCCUGGUCGGGCUGCUCUUGGAGAACAUCCAGCGACUGGCUGGCCGGGACACCCUCUACUCCUGCACUGCCAUGUCUAACUCGGCAUCCAGAGAGGAAUUUUUGUGUAAUUUUACAUCCCCUUCAAACAGAUCGAGUCUGAUUGUGGAGAAAGAAACAGGCUACGGGACAGCACUCCUGAAUGGCCACGCCAUGAAGAGAGAGGACUCGAAAGGAUCUCUGAGUUCAGAAGGGGCCACGGGUUCACCCGAUCAGCACACCGGCGAAAACAGCCGGAGAAGUUCCACGAGGAGCAACAUGUCCCACCACGCGAGGCUGGACCAGUAUGAGAUCCGGAACCUCCUCAUGUGUUACCUCUAUGUCAUUAAAAUGGUCUCUGAAGAUACGCUGCGCACCUAUUGGAACAAAAUCUCACCCCAGGAGCUGAUCAACGCCCUCGUGUUGCUGGAAGUCUGUUUGUUCCACUUCAGAUACGUGGGGAAGAGAAAUAUAGCCAGGGUUCACGACGCCUGGUUAUUAAAGUACGUGGGAGCUGACAGGAAAUCCCAGACCAUGCCUGCCCUGCGCAGCCGAGCGGGCCUGAUGCAGGCCCGGCUGCAGCACCUCAGCAGCCUGGAGAGUUCCUUUACGCUCAAUCACAGUGCGGGCACUUCCGAAGCAGACAUUGUACACCAGGCCUUACUAGAAGGCAACACAGCCACCGAAGUUUCCCUCACAGUCCUGGACACCAUUUCUUUUUUCACCGAGUGUUUCAAGACCCAGCUCGCGAACAACGACGGCCAUAACCCACUGAUGAAAAAGGUUUUUGAUAUUCAUCUCGCCUUUCUCAAGAACGGGCAGUCGGAGGCAGCUUUGAAGCACGUCUUUGCUUCCCUGAGAGCGUUCAUUAGCAAGUUCCCCGCAGCAUUUUUUAAAGGGAGGGUGACCAUGUGUGCAGCCUUGUGCUACGAGGUCCUGAAGUGCUGCACCUCCAAGCUGGCCUCCACCAGGAACGAGGCAUCAGCCCUCUUGUAUCUGCUGAUGAGGAGCAACUUUGAGUUCACGAAAAGGAAAAGCUUUCUGCGAACACACCUGCAGAUAAUAAUUGCAGUGAGCCAGUUAAUUGCUGAUGUGGCACUCAGUGGAGGAUCACGGUUCCAGGAGUCCCUAUUCAUUAUUAAUAACUUUGCAAACAGCGACAGGCCUAUGAAGGCAACUGCUUUCCCCUCAGAAGUGAAAGAUUUGACCAAGAGAAUCCGUACUGUGCUUAUGGCUACCGCUCAAAUGAAAGAGCACGAAAAGGACCCUGAAAUGUUGGUUGAUUUGCAGUACAGCUUGGCCAAGUCCUAUGCUAGUACCCCAGAGCUCAGGAAAACGUGGCUGGACAGCAUGGCAAAGAUCCAUGUCAAAAACGGAGAUUUUUCAGAGGCUGCCAUGUGUUACGUCCAUGUAGCAGCCCUCGUUGCUGAGUUUCUUCACAGAAAAAAAUUGUUCCCUAGUGGAUGCACAGCCUUCAGGAAAAUCACGCCCAAUACUGACGAAGAGGGAGCAAUGAAAGAAGAUGCCGGGAUGAUGGAUGUUCACUAUAGCGAGGAGGUCCUGCUGGAGCUGCUGGAGCAAUGUGUAGAUGGCCUGUGGAAGGCGGAGCGCUACGAAGCCAUUUCGGAGGUUUCCAAACUGAUCAUUCCGAUCUAUGAGAAGCGCCGGGAGUUUGAGAAACUUACUCAGCUGUACAGAACACUUCAUGGAGCUUACACUAAAAUACUGGAGGUGAUGCACACGAGAAAAAGACUUCUAGGAACCUUUUUCCGAGUGGCCUUUUAUGGACAAACUUUCUUUGAAGAGGAGGAUGGCAAGGAAUACAUCUACAAGGAACCCAAGCUGACUGGCCUUUCAGAGAUAUCCCUGAGGCUUCUUAAACUUUAUGGAGAAAAAUUCGGAGCAGAGAAUGUCAAAAUGAUCCAGGAUUCCAAUAAGGUAAAUGUCAAAGAUCUCGAUCCCAAAUAUGCUCAUAUUCAAGUGACGUACGUGAAGCCUUACUUUGAAGACAAAGAGCUCUCUGAAAGAAAGACUGAGUUUGAAAGAAACCACAACAUUGGCAAAUUUGUGUUUGAAACUCCUUAUACCUUAUCUGGGAAAAAACAUGGCUGUGUGGAAGAGCAGUGCAAAAAACGGACUGUUUUAACUACUUCAAACUUGUUUCCCUACGUGAAGAAGAGAAUUCCGGUAAAUUACGAACAGCAAGUUAAUCUCAAGCCAAUCGAUGUGGCUACUGACGAGAUCAAAGACAAGACAGCAGAGCUGCAGAAGCUCUGCUCUUCCAAUGAGGUGGACAUGAUCCAGCUACAGCUCAAGCUGCAGGGCUGCGUUUCUGUACAGGUAAAUGCUGGUCCGCUGGCCUAUGCGAGAGCUUUCCUGAAUGACAGUCAGUCCAACAAAUAUUCCUCCAAGAAGGUGAAUGAGCUAAAAGAAAUGUUCAGAAAGUUUAUUCAGGCCUGUGGACUUGCUCUGGAGCUCAACGAGCAGCUCAUUAAAGAGGACCAAAUAGAGUACCAUGAAGGGCUAAAAUCAAACUUCAGAGACAUGGUGAAAGAGCUUUCUGACAUCCUCCACGAACAGAUGUAUCAAGAAGAUACUAUGCGUUCUCCUUGGAUGCAUGACUCCUUACAUGUUUUUUGCGCAAUCAGCGGAACAUCUAGUGAUGGAGGUUAUGGCUCGCUUAGAUCCACUGCCGAAAUAUAAGGAGGUGUACAGUGCAAGUAACACUUUACAGAUAUUUCUCAGGAAUACUCGGAGCUGUGCAAAGGAUGUUAAAAUUCAAAUGAAUUACUAGUAUACAUUCAGUAUUUUUUUUCAAAAAUUAACAUUCUUUCAAACAGGGUUCUUACUUAUUUUGCUGAGCAACACUGAAAGUGCCCAGACAAUUGCACCACUGUGCUUGUUUUGUACUUUUUUAGUUAAAUAUAUACAGUACACUGAAAGGCAUUUAUCAAAGUAUGUAUUGAAUUGCUUAAUUAUGAGCGGCUGUUGUAAUGGUACUCUGUAAAGUUGUUACAUGGAACAUAAUAAAGUGUAAAACUGCUUUGUAA